AUAAUUCUCUGCAUAUCCUACCAAGUUCAGUGUGUUACUGUAGGUCGAGAAGAUGAAAGCUCAAUUCUACUGUUUGGUGAGUUUUGUUUUUUUGUGUCUGUUUGGAUGGUUGAGCCCAACAGUCGCUGCUCCAGGAAGAAACUCCACAGUGGUCGGUCACUGUCCGCGGAAGUUGACGGUCAUGCCGUCCAGUCGAGGAUGUGUUUCUGAUAAAGACUGUGCUGGAGAACACAAAUGCUGUGUCUUUGACUGUGGGGCUGUGUGUGUGCCACCUGCUUUUACAAAGCCAGGCGUGUGUCCACGCAGAACAUUUGGAGCAGGAGUGUGUGCCGAGUACUGUGCCAAUGACAGCGACUGCCCGAACAAUGAGAAAUGCUGCAGCAAUGGGUGUGGACACAACUGUACACCUCCAUAUACAGUGAAACCUGGUCGAUGUGCCAAACCGAAAGGAACUCCAGUGUGUGCGGAAUACUGUUACCAUGAUGGCCAGUGUCCUGCCGAACAGAAAUGCUGCCCAACCACUUGUGGUCAUGCAUGCAGUGAGCCAUGCUGAAUUAAUCACUGUAUAGAGGCAUGAGUGAAAUUGAUUUUUGCAUAAUAAAACAGAUUUGAGUUCUUACAUCUUUUUUUUUUUAACCAUAGAGCCUGUUUGUAGCACCAAAUAAAUCUAAU